CAUACUUCGGUAAACUUUAUACUUAGUGGAAUUAAAACAACAACAACAACAACAAAAAAAACCCGUCUUUUUAAGGAGCGGUUGAAUGCUGCGUUUACAGGCGCAACGCUAUUGGAAUGAGAAGACGCGAAAAAAAAGUUUUUAACAAGACGAAUAGUUCAGGAUGCACUGGUUUUUGCUCCCCAAAUUAGGCCUGCUUGUUUGUUUUCACAGCUGUGUAUUAGCCUUUACACUGGAAACCAGAACGCUGACAGACGAUGACUCCUAUUAUGAGUAUGUGCCUGAUCGCCUGCAGUGGAGAAGUGCUGAGGAACUAUGUAACCAGCGCUCUGGGGCCUUAGCCACAGUCUCCAACCUAACAGAGAACCAAGACCUAACCAACUUUUUAAAAUCGCUGAACAUCUCUCAACCUGUGUGGAUUGCCAAGAAAGGUUCUUCUCAGACCCUUAUUCUGGAAUUCAGCGGGCGCUCGGAGAGGAAGCAUGCCCGUCUUCUGCACAAGUUUCCCUCCAUGGGCUCAGUGACCGUUUGCACCCGUCUCCGGUUCAAUCCCAACUGCUUUGGAAUUUCCACCAUCUUCUCUUAUUCCAUCCAGUCAUAUAUUAAUGAAUUCCAGCUCCGUGCAAACCUGAUCCAGGGCAAGCCUGUGCAGCUGGCUUUGCUGGUUCAUGGUGUUCAUGGGCCUUACCAAGAUGCCUUUCACCAUGACGACUCCUGGCACUCUGUGUGUGUUUCUUGGAGCCAGAAUGGUGGACGCUGGGCACUAUAUACUCCUGAUCGUGGGUUCGCUAGGGGUGAUGGCCUAAACAGCUAUGACAGCAUUGGACCAGAUGGCCUUUUCAUAAUCGGACAGGAGCAGGACACUUUUGGGGGCUCAUUUAAGAAGGACGAGUCAUUCUCAGGGAGCAUCACAGAGCUGCACAUUUGGGAUCGGGUGCUGAAUGGCAGCGAAAUCUUAAAAAUGGAAAAAGAGUGCUUGCCCAUUUCCUCUGGGCUGGUGUUCAAGUGGAGCAGAGAAGCCAUGGAAAUAGAGUCCUCACUUAUGAAUCUGUGGAGAGACAACCCAUGUCAAGGUAACCUCACUGUGUUGCAUUCCCUCCUGGAUGGAAAUUCUUUGCAGAAUCAAACAUCCUUCUUAAAGUUUUUGCACAGCCUGCAGUCCGAUGAGGAUUGUCACAUCUUUAACCCUGUUAUCGGGGGCUGGCAUUUAGCCAAGUGUGACUCCUUUCAAGGGGCUGUCUGCCAGUUUAAGAAAGAAGUUUUCAGUUUCCCAAAGACACCAUUCUUCAGCAGAUUGAGCCAGGAUCUUCUGACUAAGCCUGAGCAGGGGAUCAACACUUCCUGGGGCAGAGAUCUGACCUCGCUGCAGCAGCUGUCCCAGGCUGUCCUGCAUUCUGUGGAGGCCUGGGGUCCAAACUUCUUCACGUCCAGUGAUGUCUACUACCUCUCCCAGAUGUUUGAGAUGGAACUGACUGCACUGGCUAGUGCUCACUCUGCUGGACAUGAUGCAGCAGAGAUCAUGGUUUCCAUUGCCACUAACUAUGUGAAGGUGGCUAGUUUGAUGCUGGAGCCCAACAUGGCUACACAGUGGAUAGGCCUGACGGAUGAUGGGGUCAGUGUGGGGCCAUUUACCAUCGUCAAGAGAAUUGACAGUCUCACUGAAGCUCUUGGAGACAUGCUGUCUGCUGAGAGAAGAGGCUUCACUCUUUCUACCAAGAACAUAGAUGUUUACAUGAAAUGGCAGAGGCUGUCUGAAGAGCACUGUAGUCAAGUCUUCAAGCCAUCUGUGGUCGGCUCUCACACCACUAGCAGCAGUAGUCAGGAUGAGUUGAUAAUCCCUGACACUGAGCUCCAGCGGUUACACACACUGGGACAUGAGGAAGUGAUGUUUAUUCAUACCCACUAUAGCCAUCUGAGUGAGAUUGUGUCUGGAACACAGGAACCUCCAGUGAGUCACCAAGAGAAAAUGAAAAGAGAUCUCCCGGGUCACCUGGCUUCUGCCGUCAUUUCCGCCACCAUCCGUGAUGCCUCCAAGGGCCAAACCAUUCCUGUGGCUGUCCAGUACACCCUUUCUUCAUCCAACGUGGUGGAGUAUUCACAACAAGUUUCUCCUGUUUGUGCUUUUUGGAAUUUCAGCCUGAUGCAUAGUCAUACCAAUAGCUGGUCCAGUGAUGGCUGCAGGGUGACAUUUGCUGGCUCUGGUGUCACUUCCUGUCUGUGUAACCACACCACCAACUUUGCAGUGCUUAUGAAUUACCUGGAGUCGAAGUGGAGUCCUGAGGAAGAGCUUAUUUUGACCAAGCUGACAUUCAUCGGCUCUGGCGCGUCUCUGUGUGCGCUGGUGGUGACCUUGAUGCUGUUCACUGUGCUGGAUAUCCCCAGAUCCGACAGGACGUCCAUUCAUAAGAACCUGUUCAUCGCUCUGAUCUGUGCCCAGGUGAUUCUGCUUUGCAGCGGCUCAGCCAUCCACAACAAGGUGGCAUGUACACUUGUGGCAGCGCUGCUUCAUCUCUUCUUCAUGGCAGCAUUUAGCUGGAUGCUGGUGGAGGGUCUGCUGCUCUGGAGCAAAGUGGUUGCGGUGAACCUGAGUGAGGAUCGACACAUGAAAUAUUACUAUUUCAUCGGCUGGGGUCUGCCGGUGCUUAUAGUCACCAUCACGCUGGCAUCGGCCUCAGGCAAAUACUCAGCCGAUGGCUACUGUUGGCUCAGUGUCCAGAAUGGCGUCAUCUGGGGUUUUGCUGGGCCUGUCAUCUUUAUCAUCAUGGUAAAUAUCAUGAUACUGACGAGGGUGGUGGUCAUCACCAUCUCCACAGCCAAGAGAAGGUCCAUCAUGUUGGCCACGAGCACCAGCCCUGUGGAACAAGCCUAUGAGCAAAUCAGAGCCGCAGUGAAAGCAGUGUUGGUGUUGCUGCCCAUCCUUGGACUGACAUGGCUAUGUGGCGUCUUGGUGCCUUUCUCCAUUGUCAUGGCCUACAUCUUCAUCCUCCUCAACUCCCUACAGGGCCUGUUCAUCUUCCUGAUAUAUGGGGUGUACAACACAGAGGUUCGGAGCACGGUCAACAGGAUCAAGGAGAGGAGAAAAGCACUUAAUUUUUCAAACUGUGCCAGUUCCCGACCAUCCAGCUCGGUUACCAGCUCUCGUCCGGUCAGUUUCCCACUUGGAACAACCCCAAGCCAGGAGGAGGAGACCACCCCUACCUACACUUGCAGUAACACACCAAGUGUGGAGAAGGAGGAAGAGAGGACCACAGGUCAGCUGUCCAUUCCUUGUGUUCCAGAGAGACUUGAAAAUCCAUUGAGCCAAACCUUCAAAGACACUCGUCUGCAUAGAGAGGAGCCUCCUCCCACUGAAGUGGAUGCCUUGCCGACUGGUUGUAGUCUUCAUGUUCCCAUGGAGUUGGAGUUCACAACUUCCUGUUUCCCCCGCAGCCCCGCACCUCAGGAAAGCUACGGCCUUGUCUACGUUGACUGACCUGGUUAGUGCGAUGGUAAUUGUAGUUUCAUAUUAUGAUUCAUUUUUUAAAAAUCAGAGUUGGUGAAAUGUUUCUCUUUUUAUUACAAGCUUAUUUUUCCUUAAGUCUUCAAUUUUCUGUCACCUCUGAUCAUAGUAUAGACACAGGAGUAUUUGGUAUGCCUGUGUCCCUGAGUUGCAUUCCUUAUUGCUGGUUCUAAGUAUUUUCUGUGACCUAGGACUCAAUCUGCCUUUAACACUUAUUUUAAGAUACUCUGGAUAAUAAUGUAAGCUAAAAGCAUCAAAUAUCAUUUUAAUCUAAACUUAAAUUCCAACUUUAACUUUAGAUUAAAUUUUUGUAUUUGGUCUAUUUGUAUAUUUUACGUGAGUACUGUCUUUCAUGUCUUUUCUUGUCGCACAUGUCCUUGUCAAAGCAUUAUAUUGUCCAUUAAAGUGUGUAGUAGUA